AUGAGUAACUCAGAGAAUAUUGAAAAUGUGAAGAAGUGGUUCAUGUCUUCUAAACCACUUCUUACCAUGUUGUUAGUGCAAAUUGUUUCAACUGGAAUGCAACUUUUGUCAAGGGUAAUCUUGGUCCGGGGCACUUUUAUUUUUGCACUCAUUACUUAUCGAUAUCUUGUUGCUGCUAUUUGUGUUGUUCCCUUUGCACUCUAUUUUGAAAGAGAACAAGUGAAGACAUUCAGUUUCAAUUGGAAAGUUUGGAUCUUCCUUUUCGUUAAUGCAUUAGUGGGGAUGACAAUGGCUAUAGGAUUGUUCUAUUAUGGUCUUCGAGAUACAUCUGCUACUUACGCUGUUAACUUUCUUAACAUGAUUCCCAUUUUCACAUUUUUGAUAUCUAUCAUAGUAAGAAUGGAAGAUCUAAAUAUUAGGACAUGGAGUGGUAUAACUAAAUGUCUUGGGGCAAUUUUAUGUGUUGGUGGAGCAUUAUCUAUAAGUCUUUACAAAGGAAAGGAAUUUUAUAUUGGUCAUCACAGUCGCCAUGCUGAGAUGAAUAUUGUUGGAGCACAUAAAAGUCACAUGCUUCGUGGCACUUUAUUUUUGAUUGCAUCUUGCUGUUGUUCCACAUCUUGGUUUAUUAUGCAAGUUCGGUUGGCUAAAGUAUUUCCACUUAGGUAUUGUGCAACAAUGAUGUCAUGCUUUAUGACAUCAAUUCAGUCAGCAAUAAUAGGUGCAGGCAUAAAUUCCAGUAAGGAAGCUUGGAAACUAGAAUUGAAUCUGCAACUCAUUACUAUCGUUUAUGCGGGAGUAUUGGCUACUGCUGUAACAUUUUGUUUAUUAUCGUGGACAAUAGCAUUAAAGGGACCAACUUAUCCAUCAAUGUUCAAUCCAUUGGCUCUUGUUUUUGUUGCCAUUUCAGAGACUUUCAUACUUGGUGAACCAAUACACGAUGGAACGUUACUAGGCAUGGUUUUAAUCAUAAUGGGAUUAUAUUCCUUCUUAUGGGCUAAGAGUAAUGAGAUGCCUCAUUUUCAUCAAUCAAAUGUAGGAAUUAUAGAAUUAUCAACAAGCAGGAGAGAAGAUCCUACAGUUACAAAUUAA